UUAGACACGUGAUCCGAAGCCCCGCCCUGGAGAGUGCGUCGAUACGUACAUUACGUGAGUGCGUCCGCAUUUCCGAGCUGCGCCAUUUCAGAGUGGAUCUGAUCCAGCAAUCCGACUCACACGGUUAGAAACACGCCCAAAUUCACGAUUGAGGCCAUGCAUCGAGACUGCCCUCUGGACUGUAAGGUCUAUGUUGGGAAUCUGGGAAAUAAUGGGAACAAAUCCGAACUGGAGAGGUCAUUCGGCUACUACGGACCCCUGCGGAGCGUGUGGGUGGCCAGGAACCCUCCCGGUUUCGCCUUCGUUGAGUUUGAAGACCCUCGCGAUGCCACGGACGCCGUCAGAGAGCUGGACGGACGGACCCUCUGCGGUUGCCGAGUGAGGGUGGAGCUGUCCAAUGGCGAGAAGCGCUCUCGUAACCGGGGUCCGCCUCCGUCCUGGAGCCGACGCCCAGGCCGUGAUGACUACCGCAGACGCAGCCCGGCCCCCAGGCGCAGAUCGCCCAGGAGGAGGAGCCUCAGUCGUAGUCGCAGCAGAUCUCUUUCCAGAGAGCGCCGGAGGGAGAGAUCGCUGUCUCGCGAAAGGAACCACAGGCUCUCGCGAUCUUUCUCCCGAUCAAGGAGUCGUUCCAGAUCAACUGAACGGAAAUGAACUUCGGAGCUGAGAAACACGACGUGACGGAAACCUUGGCAUGUUGAAAAACCUUGAAAAGAUUAGAGUCCCCCGUAUAUUUUUUUUUUGUUGUUUUUUUUUUUUAUUAACAUUAUUUUAGCAGUUCUGUUUCCUUCUGUAGCUACGGUUGUGCGUGUUUGCAGUUUUAAUGCGAAGGCAUUCCAUCUCACACUUUUAAGACAAAUGUGUUUUGUUUUUUUAGUGUUGAAUGUGAUUGGUCCUGCUGUGCUGAGCUCGACCGUGUUUGUUUUCUGUCUGGUGUAAUGGCACUAUGACCACAGCAGGGGGUGGAAUGGAGAACACCUUUCAUUCUUGGGUUUUUUUUUUUUUUAUUGUAGUGUUUGUACUGUUUAUAAUGAUCUGAAUUAAAACUCAUUACAAAAA